UCUCCUUCCGAAGAGCAAAGAGAAACGCUGACAUUUCCCCAGUGUGCAGGUGGACGUGAUGUGGCAGCUGCCGUCUCCAUUGUUGCUUUUGCUGCUGCUUAAUCCGCCAUGGCCUUGCAACGCCGAAGGAACUCCUCUCACUCAGUGGUGCAACCCACCCGCAAAUGGCACCAUCUACCAAUACCAGGCCAAGCCUUUGAAUGGCAGUCGCUCGAUUAACUUCAGUCACUUCGCGGGAAAGACUGUCCUCUUUGUCAACGUGGCAACGUACUGAGGUUACACCUUUCAGUACGUUGAGCUGAAUGCACUUCAGGAGGAGAUGAAUAUUCACGGACUCACUAUUCUUGGCUUCCCUUGCAAUCAAUUUGGGAAACAGGAACCCGGGAAUAACCGUGAUAUCCUGCCAGCUUUGAAGCAUGUCAGACCCGGUAAUGACUUUGUUCCAAACUUUCUGCUGUUUGAGAAAGGUGAUGUGAAUGGGAAAGACGAGCAAGGGGUGUAUACCUUCCUCAAGAGCUCCUGUCCUCCGGUCUCAGACAACUUUGGUAACCCCACCAACAGGCUUUUCUGGGAUCCAUUGAAAGUCAGCGACAUCAAGUGGAACUUUGAAAAGUUCCUGGUUGGCCCGGAUGGAAAACCUGUGAUGAGAUGGCACCCGGCUGUCAGUGUUUCCGAGGUGCGAGCUGGUAUACGCAAAUACCUACUCCAGCAUUACACAGAGGAGGUUUUCAACUAGAUUGUCCAUGAUGUCGUAAAGUUGAUGUAAAUCUUGCCGUUUCCUCUAACUUGAUGGUAGCAUGCUAAAUGAAGAAGAGGUUUGAAAACAGUGUCUGUGGAGCCUCUUUGGAGUCUGAGAUUCAAGGCCAGCUUUUCAGUGCAUUCAAGCUGUCUUGCUAUAUCUCACAGCAUCAUGUUAUCUUCACAAACUGGAACCUGCUGGCAUUUACAGCCUCGAUGUCAACAACUUCUAAUAAACUAAUGGCAACUGUG